ACUGAGAGUUGAAACCCUAGAUCUUUGGUUCACCACUUACUUGAAAGCUCUCAGCCUACUUCCCACCGGCGACAACUCUCGCCGGUCACUGCUCUUGCCGGCGCUGUAUUACCGUCUGGCCUUCAUUCUCUUCGAGCAACUCCUGCUGUGUGGCUGUUUUAGCUGGACAGGAUGGACCAGUACGAGAAAGUUGAGAAGAUUGGUGAAGGAACUUAUGGUGUUGUGUACAAAGCUCGUGACCGCACCACCAAUGAAACAAUAGCAUUGAAGAAAAUCCGUUUAGAGCAGGAGGAUGAGGGUGUGCCUAGUACUGCUAUUAGAGAAAUCUCCCUCUUGAAAGAAAUGCAGCAUGGGAACAUUGUUAGGUUGCAGGAUGUAGUACACAGUGAGAAUCGUUUGUAUCUAGUUUUUGAGUAUCUAGACUUGGAUUUGAAGAAGCACAUGGAUUCAUGUCCUGAUUUUGCAAAGGACCCACAAUUAGUAAAAACAUUCCUUUAUCAAAUUCUCCGCGGCAUUGCGUAUUGCCAUUCUCAUAGGGUUCUUCAUCGAGAUUUGAAACCACAAAAUUUGCUGAUAGAUCGCCGUACAAAUGCAUUAAAGCUUGCAGAUUUUGGGCUGGCCAGAGCAUUUGGUAUACCUGUUAGGACAUUUACACAUGAGGUUGUGACACUAUGGUACAGAGCACCUGAAAUACUGCUAGGAUCUCGUCAUUACUCUACUCCAGUUGAUGUGUGGUCGGUGGGAUGUAUAUUUGCUGAGAUGGUGAACCAGCGGCCGUUAUUUCCUGGAGAUUCAGAGAUUGAUGAAUUAUUCAAGAUCUUCAGGGUCUUAGGAACUCCAAAUGAGGAUAUAUGGCCUGGAGUGACUUCUCUGCCUGAUUUCAAAUCUGCCUUUCCUAAGUGGCCUCCGAAGGAUUUGGCAAGUGUAGUUCCAAACCUUGGGCCAGCCGGUGUUGAUCUUCUUUCUAAAAUGCUCUGCAUGGAUCCAAGUAGAAGAAUCACAGCGAGAAGCGCACUAGCUGAAUACUUCAAGGAUAUCGGAUUUGUACCCUAGUACCUCCUUCGUUCAUGGUGUAGAGAGAACAUUGUCAUAUUGUUGUGUAGGCAUUCUCUGGGUUUUGAU